AUGACGGCCACAGCUGCAGUGGAGACACCAAAAAUGGAGAAGAGUGCCUCCAAGGAAGAGAAGCAGCAUCCAAAGCAGGACAGUACCGAGCAGGGAAAUAAUGAUUCUGAAGAGUGGAUGAGCUCUGAGAGUGACCCUGAACAGUUGAGCCUUAAGAGCAGCAACAACAGCAGCUGCCAACCUGGAGAUGGUCAGCUGAAGAGAAAGGAGAUGCCCUCCAAGCCACACCGCCAGCUCUGUCGAUCACCCUGCCUGGAUCGUCCAAGUUUCUCCCAGAGCAGCAUUUUACAGGAUGGUAAACUCGACAUAGAGAAGGAAUAUCAAGCCAAGAUGGACUUUGCUCUAAAGCUGGGCUAUGCUGAGGAACAGAUUCAAUCAGUGCUGAAUAAACUGGGUCCAGAAUCACUUAUAAAUGAUGUAUUGGCAGAGCUUGUCAGACUUGGGAACAAAGGUGACUCAGAAGGGCAGGUCAACUUGAGUCUAUUAGUGCCCCGUGGGCCUGGCUCCAGAGAGAUUGCAAGCCCUGAAUUGUCUCUUGAAGAUGAAAUAGACAAUAGUGACAAUUUGAGGCCAAUUGUCAUUGAUGGAAGUAAUGUGGCUAUGAGUCAUGGGAAUAAAGAAGAGUUCUCCUGUAGAGGAAUACAACUUGCUGUGGAUUGGUUUCUAGAUAAAGGCCACAAGGAUAUCACUGUAUUUGUGCCUGCUUGGAGAAAGGAGCAAUCCCGCCCUGAUGCACCAAUUACAGAUCAAGAUAUUCUACGUAAACUGGAGAAGGAAAAGAUUCUUGUCUUCACACCAUCCCGAAGGGUCCAGGGCAGAAGGGUUGUCUGCUAUGAUGACCGGUUCAUAGUCAAAUUGGCUUUUGAUUCUGACGGCAUCAUUGUAUCCAAUGAUAACUACAGAGACCUUCAAGUUGAAAAGCCAGAAUGGAAGAAGUUUAUAGAGGAGCGGUUGCUGAUGUAUUCUUUUGUGAAUGACAAAUUUAUGCCUCCAGAUGACCCUUUAGGACGUCAUGGACCAAGCCUUGAAAAUUUCUUAAGAAAGAGACCUGUCGUUCCUGAGCAUAAGAAGCAACCAUGUCCUUAUGGCAAAAAAUGCACCUACGGCCACAAGUGCAAAUACUACCAUCCGGAGCGGGCCAACCAACCCCAGCGUUCAGUGGCUGAUGAGCUCCGCAUCAGUGCCAAACUAUCCACAGUGAAAACCAUGAGCGAAGGCACCCUAGCCAAGUGUGGUACAGGGAUGUCUAGCGCCAAAGGUGAGAUAACCUCAGAGGUCAAACGUGUGGCCCCCAAGCGCCAAUCAGAUCCCAGCAUCCGGUCUGUGGCUGUGGAGCCUGAGGAAUGGCUGUCCAUUGCCCGUAAGCCUGAGGCCAGCUCUGUCCCCUCACUUGUGACCGCCCUAAGUGUUCCCACAAUCCCACCCCCCAAAAGCCAUGCAGUGGGUGCACUCAACACCCGUUCGGCCAGCAGCCCAGUGCCAGGAUCCUCUCAUUUCCCCCACCAGAAGGCCUCAUUGGAGCACAUGGCCAGCAUGCAGUACCCCCCUAUCCUGGUUACCAACAGCCAUGGGACCCCUAUUAACUAUGCUGAGCAAUACCCAAAGUUUGAGUCCAUGGGGGACCAUGGCUACUAUUCGAUGUUAGGCGACUUCUCCAAACUGAACGUCAACAGCAUGCACAAUCGAGAGUACUACAUGGCUGAAGCAGACCGGGGGGUGUAUGCUCGGAAUCCCAAUCUCUGUCCUGACAGCCGCAUGAGCCAUACCAGGAACGACAACUAUUCUUCUUACAACAACCUGUACUUGGCUGUAGCUGAUGCCCAUCCUGAAGGCAGUUUGAAGCUGCACCGCUCAGCAUCUCAGAACCGUCUUCAGCCUUUUUCUCAUGGUUACCAUGAAGCCUUAACGAGAGUGCAGAGCUAUGGCCCAGAGGAUUCCAAGCAAGCCCCCCACAAGCAAUCAGUUCCCCACUUAGCUCUGCAUGCCCAGCUCCCAGCAACUGGAGCACGAUCCAGCUGUCCUGGAGACUACCCCAUGCCUCCCAAUAUCCAUCCUGGGGCAACUUCACAGUCAGGCCGUGCCCUGGUGAUGACACGGAUGGACAGUAUUUCUGAUUCUCGCCUCUAUGAGAGCAACCCCAUGAGGCAAAGACGACCUCCUCUGUGCCGUGAACAGCAUGCCAGCUGGGACCCGCUGCCCUGUGCAACUGACUCCUAUGGCUACCACUCCUAUCCCUUAAGUAAUAGCCUCAUGCAACCAUGUUAUGAGCCAGUCAUGGUACGGAGCGUGCCUGAAAAGAUGGAGCAGCUUUGGAGGAAUCCUUGGGUUGGAAUGUGCAAUGAUUCCAGGGAGCAUAUGAUCCCAGAGCACCAAUUUCAGACCUACAAAAACCUCUGCAAUAUUUUCCCUUCUAACAUCGUUCUUGCAGUGAUGGAGAAGAAUCCCCAUACAGCAGAUGCCCAGCAACUGGCAGCCUUGAUUGUUGCCAAGCUUAGGGCUGCACGUUGA